AUGGCGGUAGAAAAAAAAGUUUCUAAAAUCAAAACUAAAACCACUAAACCCAAAAAAAUUAAAAAAGUCUCCGAAGGAAGGGGAAUUAUUCACGGCAAAUUUAGUUUUAACAAUACUAUUCUUGGUUUAAGCAAAGAAAACGGCGAUACUUUGGCUACGGUUAGUGCAGGCAGUGUUGACCUCGGCAAUAAUAAAAAAGUUACCGGCACUAAAAAAGCUACUCCUUUUAUGGCUGAAAAAGCUUUGGAGGCGAUAAUUAGAAAAGCUAACGAAUUUGGAAUUCACGUGGUUACAGUAAAAGUUAAGAAACUUGGAAGCAGUCGCGAUACGGUAAUAAGGAGAAUAUUGGAAGAAAAAUCCUUAGAUGUUGAAGCCUUAAUCGACCGAACUCCUAUCCGUCAUGGUGAAAAAGUUCAGAAAAAUAAGCCUCACACUUCUUCUUUUGUCUUUCAUCACCUGCCAGAAGGUAUAGGGAUAGUCCUUGGUAAUUAUUUUCGACAAUUUCUUCUGAAAUAUACUAGUAGCAUAGCUCCUUUGGGAGCUCGAAUUAGCCAUAGAGAGGGAGUGGUGGAAAGCGAAAUGAGCAUUUUACCGGGAGUGGUGGAUACAGUGGCUACCUCUUUCCUUAUUAUGAAUUUGAAAGAAGUCAGGGUAGAAGCCAAGAAAAAAGAAGGAGUUUUUUGGCUAGAACUGAAUGUUGAGAACAAAGAAAAAAAGGAAAAAAAAAUUACGGCUGCCGAUUUUCAAAAAGACAAAGAGAUAAAAAUUAAAAAUCCUAAUCUUCAUUUGGCUACUCUGGCAGCAGCAACCGAUGAAGGAAAAAAUCCUAAAUUGGAAGAAGAAGAACAAGAAAAAAAUUAUUUGGCAGAUGAAGAAAAUGUUAUUGCUUUUUCUACUGAUUAUGCUCCCGUCAAAGGUGAUGGAGUAAGUUUUCAAAUAAAAUCAGUAGUAAUUGGCAGAGAAAAAACCGAAGAAGAAUUAAUGCUUACGAUUACCACUAAUGGUGUGGUUGAACCAAAAGGAGCACUUCAAGAAGUUUUGGCAAUAUCCCAAGACGCUUUUGACGCCAUUUUAUACGAAAAAGUGGAAACAAGUUUACCAAUGGCUCGCAGCCUAACCAAAUUAUUGGCAAAACUUAUUGGAUACGCUAAACAGGAUAAUUUGCACGCCCGUCGUUUGGCCCUAAAACACCUGGUCAACAAAAAAAAAAACGUUGAUCGACAAGGAAAAAAAAUGUUGGAUAAAUUAUUUUCGGAUUUAAAAGAAAGAUACAAAGACCGUGCAGGUGGUUAUAGCCGAAUUACCAAAUUAAAUUAUCGGUUGGGUGAUAAUAAUUUGCGAGUAAUUUUUGCUUUGGGUCCAAAAGAAAAUAUUCUCACUAAAACUUAUCAAGGAAACUUAAAAACUAGUUCUGAAGCUAAACAGCAACUCCAAUUCAUUUCGAAGGGUUGUAAUGAAGUCUAUAACUACUUUUUAAGAAAAAGAAUAAAGGCUGAUAAGAAAAACCAACCUCAACCAACAUCAGAGGAACAACAAAAGGAUUUAGAACAGUGGAAAAUUAAUCUAACCUCUGACAUUGAAAUCCCUCCACAAAUUUCUAAAUCAGCAAUUAAACGGAUGAACGGAGUAGAUAGAGGAGAAAGAAAACUAUUUGCUAAUAGUGAAGAAAAAGUGGAGGAGAAAUACAUUGAACUCCAACAAGAUUUAAGCAAGAAAAUUAAAGGGAGUGAGAAAGCCAGUAAUCGGAUGAAUGAUAUUUGCCACAAGAUUUCAAGGAAAUUAGUGAAUAAGAAUGAUUUAUUGGCUUAUGAGGAGUUGAAACCAAAAGAAAUGAUUAGUAAAGAAAAUACAAAAGAAACUGGUAAGUGGAUAGUGUUUGUUAAUCCUCAUAAUACCAGCAAGAGGUGUAGCAAAUGUGGAGAAAUUAAUGAGAAAUUAAAAGAUGAGGAGAUAUUUGAGUGUUCUCGUUGUGAUAAUGAGUUGGAUAGAGAUGUCAAUGCUGCUAGAAAUAUUUUGUGA